UCGUGCGCAAAGGAGGGGUGGAGCCUUCCUCGGACCUUUCACCUCAGCAUGGCUGCGCCCUUAGGACCGGUGAAGUUCUGGAAACCUGGUACAGAGGGACCAGGUGUCAGCAUCUCUGAAGAGAGACAAAGUCUAGCUGAAAACUCUGCAACGACUUUUGUUUACAAUCCUUAUGCUGCCCUUUCUAUAGAGCAGCAGAGGCAGAAGCUGCCGGUGUUCAAGCUUAGGAAUCAUAUAUUGUACUUGAUAGAAAACUAUCAAACAGUGGUGAUUGUUGGAGAAACAGGAUGUGGGAAAAGCACGCAGAUUCCGCAAUACCUCGCAGAAGCUGGCUGGACAGCCGAAGGAAGAGUGGUGGGAGUGACCCAGCCCCGAAGAGUGGCUGCUGUUACAGUUGCAGGGAGAGUGGCUGAGGAAAGGGGUGCGAUGCUGGGCCACGAGGUGGGCUACUGCAUCCGCUUUGAUGACUGCACCAACCCACUGGCUACGAGAAUUAAGUUUCUGACCGAUGGAAUGCUGGUCAGGGAAAUGAUGGUUGAUCCAUUGUUAACAAAAUACAGUGUCAUCAUGCUGGAUGAAGCCCACGAGAGGACCCUGUACACCGACAUUGCCAUUGGCCUGCUGAAAAAGAUUCAGAAAAAGCGAGGGGAUCUUCGAUUGAUUGUGGCUUCAGCCACCUUGGAUGCAGAGAAAUUUUGGGAUUUCUUUAACCAAAAUGACACCAGUGACCCAACCAGGGAUACGUGCGUGAUCCUUACAGUGGAAGGGCGAACAUUUCCAGUGGAUAUCUUUUAUCUACAAAGUCCCGUUCCAGAUUAUAUCAAAUCAACUGUAGAAACUGUGAUGAAAAUUCACCAGACAGAGGGAGAUGGAGACAUAUUAGCAUUUCUCACUGGCCAGGAAGAGGUAGAAACUGUUGUGUCUAUGCUGAUUGAGCAGGCUCGAGCACUGGGUCGGACUGGGAUGAAGAGACACCUCCGGGUUCUCCCCAUGUAUGCGGGACUGCCUUCCUUUGAGCAAAUGAAAGUGUUUGAAAGGGUGUCACGCACUGUCAGAAAGGUGAUAGUGGCCACCAAUGUAGCAGAAACCUCCAUCACAAUCAGCGGGAUUGUGUAUGUGAUUGACUGUGGCUUUGUGAAACUCCGAGCCUACAACCCCAGGACAGCUAUUGAGUGCUUGGUGGUGGUCCCAGUGUCCCAGGCAUCAGCCAGCCAGCGAGCAGGACGUGGUGGCCGCAGCCGCUCAGGAAAAUGUUACCGCCUUUAUACAGAGGAAGCCUUUGACCAGCUGCCUCAAUCCACCGUUCCUGAGAUGCAGCGGAGCAAUCUGGCCCCUGUCAUCCUGCAGCUGAAAGCGCUGGGGAUCGACAACGUCCUCAGGUUCCACUUCAUGUCGCCCCCUCCAGCACAGUCGAUGGUUCAGGCGUUGGAGUUACUCUAUGCUCUGGGAGGGCUGGACAAAGACUGUCGCCUAACUGAGCCGCUUGGCAUGAGAAUAGCAGAGUUUCCUUUGAAUCCCAUGUUUGCAAAGAUGCUGCUUGAAUCAGGAAAUUUUGGCUGUUCUCAGGAAAUUCUAAGCAUUGCCGCCAUGAUGCAGAUCCAGAAUGUCUUUGUGGUCCCCUCAAACCAGAAGUCUCAGGCUAUUCGAGUGCACCGAAAAUUUGCUGUGGAGGAGGGUGAUCAUCUUACCAUGCUCAAUGUGUAUGAAGCAUUCAUCAAGCACAAUAAGAACUCCCAGUGGUGUCAGGAGCAUUUCCUGAAUUACAAGGGUCUCGUCAGAGCCGUGACAGUGAGGGAGCAAUUGAAAAAGCUUCUUGUCAAGUUUCAAGUGCCCAAGAAAUCCAGUGAAGGUGAUCCAGAUCCGGUUCUGAGAUGCAUUGUUUCCGGAUUUUUUGCAAAUGCCGCGAGGUUUCAUUCUACUGGAGCUUAUAGGACCAUCCGUGACGAUCAUGAAUUGCACAUCCACCCUGCAUCAGUCCUCUACGCAGAGAAGCCGCCCCGCUGGGUUAUCUACAAUGAAGUUAUCCAAACCUCCAAGUAUUACAUGAGAGAUGUGACCGCCAUUGAAUCUGCUUGGUUAUUGGAGCUGGCUCCUCACUUUUAUCAACAAGGAACGCACCUGUCCCUAAAAGCCAAGAGGGCCAAGGUCCAGGACCAGUGAGCAGAGCUGGGCUGCCGCUGCAGGGGCUGCUUGGUGCCCUCUCCUCCACUCUGCCGCCCCCGGCCCCAGGGUUGGGGAGCUGGUGUCGGCUCCUGUGGACCCUUCAUCGGCUUUUAAGUGGGCUGCAGCCCGUUCACAGCCCCUUCCCUCCCCUCAGCAUCUGCAUUCCUCGCUGGGAUCCCAGAGGAGUUUGUGCCUGGGAGGGCAUCCCGCCUCUAGGGGGCUGGAAGGCCCGCGCUCUUUGCUCACCCAGCACCCUCCCUGGCCCAGCGUGCCACUGCCACCAGGCAUGCAGUCCUGGCCCAGCUUUGUGGGGAACGAGGAGGGAAGCAGGCUGCCGCAGGCUGAAGCACCACGUGGAGGCGGGCAGAGGGUUUGCUGGGCUGGCUUUGCUUUCCCUGCUGGGGUCCCGGCUCCAUUGACCACUGAGGUCCGCGUUCAGGUAUGAACAAGCGUGUAUCUGUGAAGGCCUGAGACCCUGGAAACAUGGUGGAUUUCUGUCAGAAUCACCCAGGGGCAUGUCUGGUGGGCACAGGGGCCCCCAAACCAAGCAGCUUCUGUUUGCCCUCUGCCCGUGUCACUAUCUGUCAGCGGUCAGGAGACUUGCGAGGCUUGGCGAUUGACAGAGAGGACCCAUGCGUGCUGUGCUUUGUUAACACAGGGUUUCUCUGCUUCACAAGCGGGCUUAGCUUCCCCUCCGUGCACGGUACCGUGUCCUGAUGCCAUUAGUGAAAGCUCAUCAGCUCAAACCCCAUCCCGGAUCCUCUGUAGCAGAAAUUCACAACAGUUUAGAGGCUCUAAGCUUCUGUAGCUCAGGAACAUAACUUGUACGUUUGCCUUUUGUUUCCUUGGGUUCUUGCGAGAAUGCCAGACAGGGGCAGGGGCUCUUCCAGCAGGCACUGGUGUCAUUGUCCCCCGGGCUGCUUUGCUGUGAUGAUGUUUGCAUUUCAACCCAUGACUGAUACAGAUUGUUUUCCCCUUACUGUUUCAAUGACAUUUAUUUUAAAAACACUUAGCUCGAAAGUUUAUUUUUGUACUGAGGUUAGUUUGGAUGAGCCACUUUUGGCACCAAAUGUGUAUGUCAUUUUUAUUUCUGUUUUAUAAACAUGUAAAUAAUAGUGAUAACUUGUUAAUAAUAGUAAACCUUUAUACUUAAAGUAAAUGUAUUCCCUCCCAUCCAUGGUUCUCGUGGUCUGUAUUU